CAUCUGUGGUAGUUCUGCCUGUCCCAACAGGAUCAAGAUCUUAGUUGAAGAUGCCAUAGUGUGCUUACUAGUGAAUUUGCACCAUGCUUACAAAACGGCACACUUGUACUUGACAUUUACUAGCACAGAAUAAUUGCCACCACAUCCCUCAACAUUUAUAUGCACUAAAGUAGGUUAAAUUCUUCAUACCACUUAUAUGUGUGCAUUGAGUCUGUGAGAAAAAAUCCAUAGCUUUGAUCCUCAGUGACGCUUAAGAGUUAACGUUGUGGUUUUUGUAGCAGUUAAUAUGACUGAGUGGUUAAACCGGGAUGCUAAGGGGCAAGUAAUGAGUGACCUAGUAUAUGCCCCUUGAGCGAUGGUAGGAAGAAUACCCUUCCGAUAGCAAGUUGUGCAUAUUAGACACACGAGAUGUGACUUUUGGCUGAAGAUCUGAGGACACAAACACACACUUAAACACAAGACGUUUCAGAGUACCUGAAAGGUUGCCUUGUACAAUGGUCCCAUUUCCAGCAUCUCUAAGAAAUUUCUUUACACCAGCUUCCUCUCCAGGGAUGAUGGUCAAGGAUUCCAGAGCUUCACUCAAGCUCUUCAAUUUAUUCUUGUGCUCCAGCCCAGAGCAGUUUCAAUGACGCCAAAAAGCAUAAGCCCUGGAGGAGAGCAGCUACCUCUGUGACUCGCAUCUCAGUGGACCAAGAACAGCUGGGCAGAGAACUGUCUGAAAAGCUCAGAAGGUGCUGAAGAAACCUUGAAAUGGAGAUGACUCCCUCAAACAAGGACUCAAAUGGACUAGACAAUCCCAUAUUUAUAACUGAUGAUGGAGGGCAUUACUGCAACUUCCCUGGAGCUGGUGCCACGGUUCCAGAGUGCGAAGAAAGGCAGAAAGGCAAAGACACCAACCGUCUCGCUUACACCGUCACAGAUAUCCCACCUUGGUACCUCUGCAUCUUCUUGGGAAUUCAGCACUACCUCACUGCUCUUGGGGGUCUUGUUGCUAUCCCUCUCAUCCUGUCCAAAUCUCUUUGCUUGGAGCAUGAUACCCUGACACAGAGUCACCUGAUCAGCACCAUCUUCUUCGUCUCGGGGAUCUGUACCCUUCUUCAAGUCAUCUUUGGAGUCAGGCUACCUAUCCUACAAGGAGGGACUUUUGCCUUCUUAACUCCAACGCUGGCCAUGCUCUCUCUCCCCAAAUGGAAGUGCCCAGCGUGGACUCAAAAUUCCAGCUCAGUGGAUACUUCUUCUCCAGACUUUGUUGAGAUCUGGCAAGAACGAAUGCGAGAGUUGCAGGGAGCAAUCAUGGUAGCUUCCUGCUUCCAAAUCUUUAUUGGUUUUUCUGGUCUCAUUGGAUUUCUGUUGAGGUUCAUUGGCCCUUUGACAAUUGCCCCAACCAUUUCCUUGGUGGCGCUGCCUCUCUUUGUCUCUGCAGGAGAAGAGGCAGGACAACACUGGGGUAUAGCAGCCGUAACCAUGUUCUUCAUAGUUCUGUUCUCUCAGUACCUGAAAAGUGUCCCUGUUCCAGUGCCAUCUUACAGCACAAGCAAGAGAUGCCAUUUCUCCAAGGUCUACCUCUUCCAGAUUUUCCCUGUGCUGUUUGGCCUUACACUUACCUGGCUUCUCUGUUUUAUACUUACCAUCACCAAUGUGUUCCCUUCGGACCCACUUGCUUAUGGCUACAAAGCUCGGACUGACAGCAGAGGGGAUGUUCUUUCACAGGCGCCCUGGUUUCGGUUUCCUUACCCAGGUCAAUGGGGAGUUCCAACCAUUAGCUUGGCCGGGAUAUUUGGUAUCAUAGCUGGAGUGAUCUCCUCCAUGGUGGAGUCAGUAGGAGAUUACUAUGCCUGUGCUCGUUUAUCUGGUGCUCCACCUCCUCCCAAGCAUGCAAUCAACCGUGGAAUUGGAGUGGAGGGGAUUGGCUGCCUUCUGGCGGGAGCCUGGGGGACAGGAAAUGGCACCACUUCGUACAGUGAAAACGUGGGUGCUUUGGGGAUCACUCGGGUCGGGAGUAGAAUGGUCAUUGUGGCUGGGGGCUGCGUUAUGCUUUUGACUGGCAUGUUUGGCAAGGUUGGAGCUAUAUUUGCCAGCAUUCCAACUCCCAUCAUUGGAGGAAUGUUUUUUGUGAUGUUUGGCAUCAUCACGGCUGUGGGAGUUUCCAAUUUACAGUACACAGAUAUGAACUCUUCAAGAAACCUUUUCAUUUUUGGGUUUUCUAUAUUUGCGGGUCUGACGGUUCCAUUCUGGGUGCAGAACAAUUCAAAAGUAGUGGAAACAGGAAUUCAACAACUGGACCAAGUAAUCAAUGUGCUGCUCACCACAGGCAUGUUUGUUGGGGGAUUCCUGGGCUUUAUCCUUGAUAACACUAUUCCAGGUAGCUUGGAAGAGCGGGGACUCCUGGCAUGGAAAGAGGGUUAUAAGGAGGAAUCUGAUGAUACUGUGAACACCUCGGACAUCUAUGAUCUACCCUUCGGAAUAGGUUCUAAGUUCUGUGCUGCUGACUGGUUUCAGUACCUCCCAACGUGCCCAAAGCGGCCAGCUAGAAACAAUGCAAAGGAGCCCAAUAAUUAUGUACAGGAGAACAAAAGCAAAUUUAAUUCGGAAAAGGAUACAGAAAUAAACAUUGACACGAGAAUAUAAGACUGCAUCAGUAAACAAACUUGACUUGCUAAGCCAUUGAAGCAACAUCUUCCUUUUUUCUGGCUUCUUAUCAACGAGAUUGUGGCUGUAGCAAGAGACCAAGUUCUGGCAAACGACUCCAUAAUUUGCCAUCAGCACAAAUUGGCCAUGUGUGUCAAUUUCUCUGCUGGGAGAAUACUUUGAGGGAUAGCCUAGCUAGGGAGCCCAGCAGCACCCAAGACAAGAAUUUGUUUUCCUUUCUACCAUGGGAAACUGUUUUCCUGAAAAUUGAAUCUGUGGUUCUUGAGUUUCUGAGUAACUACCAAUAGACAAGCUAGUUCCAAGGAGCAAUGCUGCUGUCCUAGGCUUCCUUAAAUCCAGCCUCAGCUUUUGUCUCUGAUCAUGUGCAGUUUGCCAAACUGCUUAAUGUGUGUGUCACAAUACUUUUGUUGCUCCCACACCUUUUAGUCUUCGGCUUUGUUGAGUCCAUAAGUAUUGGGAACCUGUGGGCCCUCAAAUGUUGUUGGACUCCAUUAGCCUUAGCUAAACGUAGCCAGUGGUCAGCAACGUCGGGAGCUGUAGUUCAACAACACCUGUGUUGUUUGCUACAACAGGCUCCUGAAUUAAACUGGGGCAUCCAAAGUCUAUAAAAUAGUUCUAAGCUGCUUUUAGGCUUUCAUGGAAAUCAUUGUCCGUGAGAAGCCACACAGAACAAGAUAUGCUUGAUCUUGGUUAUAUUCAUAAAAUGUUGUACUUUGUAUUUUAAAUCCAUCCUAAAGGAAGGAUUCAAUACUUACCUCAGGGAUGGACUCUUGGAUCAUCUUCCUGUGUGUAUAUAACAAGAGACCUCUUAGGUUUACUGUUGGCAUUACCCCAAAGUGCCUUCCGUCUAAGAUACACAAAGCUUUAAUUGUGGUAGACUAAGACUAGGGCAUUCACAUUCACCUUUUUUGAAAAAACUUUCGGAAGGCCAAGUCUCAUUCUGGUGACUACUGGGAUGACUCUCCUAUAUAGUGUUGAUGCCCAAAUAAAACUCUGUGCCUCUGCCAAAUUCUUAGGGCCGUUCUCUAUUUCCAUUUUUGUAUUUGUAGAAAUUAUCCUUGCUCAGAAUAUGCCCCAAAUACGUAUCUGGUAUUUUUAGGUCGGACAGGAUGAAUUUCUAUUACACUUGUGUGUUGUCUCUUUCCAUUUCUGCCUAUCUGUUCAUACUACAGAGCUCUUUCGCCGUUGCCUCCUAUCUGUUGACAGCUCUCCGUUUCCACUUUGCUGAUCCUUCCUCAAUUUCUCCCCAUGUCCAGGCUUUUGCGAUCCCACUUACACUCACUUGGUAUUUGUUUACCUGAAAACACUGUGCAUUUUACUGGGCAGGAGCUGUACACAAAUUAUCCUACUACACAUGAGCCGCAGACAAAAGUAUUUUAAUUGCUCUUUUGACAAAAGAGUUUGUUCGGCUGUGUUAGUCACAAGGCUGCACUGUGCGUGCCCCAUUGUUCUCCCACUGUGUGGUGGUGUCUGAUAAGCGAUAACAUCUGCAUGGGCUGUGAACAAGUUUCCUGCCUACCCUUUUCUAUCCUUUGCUCUUACAUGGGUGUUUUUACGUGGUUUCUCAGUAUCAGCCACUUAAGAUGCCCUACACAAGGUCUUACCUAAGAUUGUAUUUGUAAUGAUAUACGCUUGCUCCAUGUGUUCAGUUGUCCUGACUCUGCCAUGGGAUUUUGCCUACAUAUGCUUAGUUCAGUGGUGGCUGAAUUUGUGGCCCUCUAAUCGUUAUUGAACUACGACGCCUAUCAACCAUUGGCUGAUGGGAAACUGCAUGUGUGGAUUUCCUGGUCUGCUCCAAGAACAGCAGGUGGAAUUGCAUCUAUCAGCUCAGCUGGAGGAUGGAAGAAAGGAUUCAGUUCUACCACAUGCAGAGCAGAUACAUGAACUCCCUACUGCUUACAAGGCUAGCUGCUGCAUGUGUGCACUUUUGAAUGAGGGCCACCAGUCACAUAUGGAUCAGAAGCUCCCAUUCUACACAGUAAGCCAGUUGGUUACAUAGGUUUUUUUUAAAUUACUGUACCUCUUUAAAACCAACCCAGCAGCAAACUUUGAACUCUUAUUUUUUAAUACAAGUAUUUGCAAAAACACCUCGGGUGGCACAUAAAAGCAUCUUAGGUACGGCACUCAUUCUCUCUCGCACACAAGACAAAACCUUGGAUCCCA